AUUCAACCUACAAAAAAAAGUAUAUAGAUUCCAAAAUCAUUCAAUACCUUACUAGUUCUCUAUAUAUAUCAGAACUCAUUUUGAAUACUUCAAAGCAUAAACAACAAGCAAACAAACAUCACAACAAAACCAAGAAAAACUCACACAGUUUAUCGCAAUGGCCUCUGCUCAGUGCUACAAAACCUGCGAACAAAGCUGCCAACAGAAAGCCCACCAUAACCACCAGCAACAACAUAGCUCAAUCGGACAGAAGGUAACCGACUUGUUCAAAGGACACCACAAUGAUGGAACACAAACCAAAACCGAAUACUAUAGCGAGACAGAUGUGAUUUAUCAACCUGGAUAUGUUGCCAAAAAUCAAAGCAACACGUGCAACCGUCACAAUCACGCCGCUACUGCCACCACCGUUGUUACCGGCACCACUGUGGCAAAAUGCCAAGGCAGAAACAGGAAAGAGAAGAGAAACAUGUUCCAGAGGAUCAAGGAUGGCAUAUCAGGUCACAGCAGUGACAGUGGCAGUAGCAGUGAUGAGUGUGACAGCGACAAUGAAAACCGUCGCCACAGGAAGAACUGCAAUUGAGGAGCAGCUGUUCCAAUAAUAAUAAAUUGGAGUUUGAGGAUCGAAGUUGGCAACUCAAAGUCCAAUAUUAUGUGUGUGAUGAUUGCUGGCAAGUUUGAAUAAAUUAGCUACAUAUAAGUAUUAAUAAUGUAGCAAAAAAAACUAAUUAAAAAUAUCUUUAAAAUAAAAAUGAAUGUAAUUUGAUGUAAGAAAUUAAGCCAGUGUAUACUUGGUUGUGGUGCAAGUCUGAGUUUCAGAACUACCAAAAAAAACAAGUGUAUGUCAUGCACUGUGAUCGACAUAAGAUUGAUGCUCCUAUGAUUAUAUAUAUGAAUAAAACUGUUUUGUGUUUGUUUAAAAAGGUUCUUGCUUUAUUAAU